CCCACCUUUGUUGCAUGUCUCGAUAAGAUCUGUUCAUCUCGGCCGAAUUGAAUCAUACUCAUACCUCCAAGCGGAAUCGUGUCCCGAAUGAGCGCCGCCAUGCUACGCUUCUCCAUAUUCGACUAUCUCUCGAAGCGGGCAGAUAGCACACGAACCCUGAUCUUCUAUCUAAGCAGUAUGGCAGUCCCACAUGCUUUUGAAAUACCAAGAGCAACACUGGCUGUACAUAUAAAGCUAAGGGGGAGUCUCUGAAACUCUUGAUCCGAUCCUCUUGCUCCUUAGGGACAUCAUGGAGAAAUAUUCUGCAAGUGUCAAGAAUGGCGUUACACGUCGGAUUGCGGUUGUUCAGGAGGCCCUCUCCAGUAAAGAGGCGUUCAUCAAGGCCAUCGAGACGCAAGAGUCUGCAACUGGUCGUCUCGAGCAUCGAAACCACUGGAAAAAUGAAGAUCUCGAUAUUAGUCCGCCGUCUCACUGGACUUGGGCUUGGUAUGAUUAUGCUGCAUUCUGGUGGUCAUAUGGAUUCUCAUCAGGAGUCUGGAGUCUUGGAUCUUCAUUGGUGACGAUCGGAUUAACUUCCUGGCAAGUUUGCAUCUGUGUCUUCAUCGGAUAUUCCUUAGGAGCGCUGGGCGUGGUUCUACACUCACGAUCUGCAUCAACUUACCACUUCGGCUUCCAAGUCGAAAGUCUCGUGACUUGCACCAUCUGGGUCGGUGUAUCACUCAUUCAAGGCGGAUACUUCGUCGCUGUCUGCUUGCGGUGUAUUUUCGGACACAAUUUCACUGAUAUUCCUAAUCAUAUUCCUGCCAGUGCCGGUAUCAAUAUCCAGCAGAUGAUUGCGUUGAUCGUUAUCUGGUUUGGCUCGUUGCCUUUGUUGAGUGUCCCAAUCCCGAGGAUUAGACGCAUUUUCUCGAUCAAGUCGUUUGUUGUGCCACCUGUUACUAUUGGGCUGUUUAUUUAUUGCAUGUUGCAAGGCAAGGGCAAAGGAACCGAAUUCAAGACUACUGUGCCUAUGACAGGGUCAACUCUAGCUUGGGCAAUGCUGAGUGGUAUCAACUCCGUCAUGGGAAAGACCUCUACACUUGUCGUCAAUCAGCCUGAUAUCGCUCGAUAUGCUCGAACUCGAAAUACCCCAGUCUGGUCCCAAGCCCUUGCUCUUCCAAUCGGCAACACUGGCUGUGCAGCGCUUGGUAUUUUCGCCACGGCUGCGAUUAAGAACUCGUGGGGGACAGCGUUGUGGAAUCCGUGGGAUCUGUGCGACGAAAUCUUGACUCGGAACUGGACAGCAGGAACCAGGACUUGGGUAUUCAUUGUAAAUGCAGGAUUUGUAUUGAGUCAAGUUGCUGGGAAUCUCGGCGCGAACGUCAUUCCAUGGGGAGCAGACAGCAUGACUUUCCUCCCUCGUUUCUUGAACAUUAAACGGGGCAUGUACCUUGCCUACAUCCUAGGUGUUUGUAUCGUCCCAUGGAAAAUUCUCAAAUCCGCAAGCUCUUUCCUCGCUUUCUUAGGAGGGUACUCCAUCUUCCUCGGCCCAUUCCUCGGCAUCUUCAUCACCGAUUACUUCGUCAUCCACAAAGGCAACAUCUUCAUCGAAGACCUCUUUCUCGAGAACGGACGGUACUGGUAUCACGGAGGCGUUAGUUGGAGAGCGUGUGGCGCUUAUUUGAUAGCGGUGGUUUGGACGUUACCUGGGUUUGCGGCGAUAUUCGGAAAUGCUGUUCCACUGGGCUGGAGGGAGUUGUAUAAGGUUAGUUGGGUCUUUGUUUGUGCUGUGGCUGGGGUGACAUACUUUGGGUUGUGUAUGAUUGGCGAUUUUGGGAAAGAGGAGAGGAGGAUGGUGUUUGAGCAGAUGUAUCAUGAGGGGAGGGCGAUUGUUGGGGAGGAUGUGGAGGGUAGUGCGGGGAGUAGUGGGGGAAGUGAUGUUGAGGUUGUUGGGGUGAGUGCUGAGAAGAAGGUAUGA